AUGAACAAUGAAAACUUUCGAUUAGCGAAUCUCUGUAGUACCCGUAUGGGUCGAGCGCAGCAGAUGUGCAAUGAAAGUGCUGAAUGCAUCCUUUCAAUGCAUCAACAUUUCAGGGCUUUGCCUCAUAUUUGCAAGCAGCUGCGAGAGUUGAAUAGACAAAUUGAUAAACUCAAAAGAUUCUGUGUUCAAACAGAGCUCGUCAUGACUCAUCUUGAAGCACUGCAAGUGAUAUCGAAUGGUGAACGUAUUAUUGAAGAGAAGAAGGCUGAUUUGAAGAAAGAGAAGGACCAGUACAGCGAGAUCAGCAAAGAGAAAGUAAAAUGGAUCUCAGCUCAGCCUCAAACAAAUAUUUUUACUGAGGGUCAUUAUGAAAGGAGAAUGAAUGAGAUGUUGGAUGCGAAUGAUGAAAAGCACGAAGAGGUAAUGCUGGAAGAAUUCCUGAAUCACUGA